AUGAACCCUCGUAAGGGGCGAGGCGGUCGAGCAAACAACCACAAUUACCACCAGAACCAGAACCAGAACCACAAUAACAACCACCUCACGAAUUUCAUAAACUACAACCACAACGCACAAUACCUCGCACAAUUCCCCAUGGCCCUCCCUCAACAGAUACCCAUCACCAACUACGACUCCAUGGAUAACGUAUAUUACUACUCCGACACCCCCCAAGACCCGCUACCACCACCCACCGCAGCAACACAAGAACCAUCCAAAACCAACGAAGAACUCAACAUCUCCGUCCUCCGCCGCCACAACCCUGCCGUCACAUCCAUCCUCUCCCUCGCGCCCUACGUGGUCGUCUACACAUUUAACCCGGCGACCCAACAAUGGGAAAAGAACGGCAUCGAAGGCACAAUGUUCAUCUGUCAAUUAACCCAGGGCUCCCUUGGGGAAGAACGAUAUAGCGUCUUUGUGCUCAACCGGCGCGGGCUAAACAAUUUCGACAUCUUGUUGACGGAUGGCGAAAAUGUGCAGAUUACGGAUGAGUUUGUGAUACUCAAAUCGGAAAAGAAGGAAGAGGAAGAAGGAGAAGGAGGAGGAUCGGAUGAGAUUAUAGGGUUGUGGAUAUUUUCGGAGCCGCCACCCAAUUCGACGGCGGAGACGAGGAAAAUUAAUGCGGAGGUUAUCAAGGAGUGUGCCACGCAUGCGGGAAGGAGUUUGGAGUUGGCGAAGGAGAGUCUGGCUGCGCAGCAGCAGCAGCAGAGUGUGCCGAUGGGAAGGCAGAUUUCGUUGAAGGAGUUGUUUGGGCAGCAGCGUGCUCAAGAUGAUGGGUUCAGCCAGCCUAAUACAGGUGCUGGUGGUGUUGACAUGGCUGCAGAAGCGGAUAUGAUGAAUGGAGGAGGUAUGAACUGGAGCUAUAAUCCGGUCGUGCAAGCGCCCAUAGUACCCUCGCCGGGACAAUUACCAUCUGCUGCAGCACAGGCGAUGAACCAGCCUGGGCCAAAUGUACUGACGGAUCUGUUCCGCAGAGCGGGGUUGGUCAAUCAGAACUGA